ACCCCUGACCAUCAUCAACGUUGUUCAUGUUCCAGAAGUACUCUUCCUUCAUCACCACCCGCCAGUGUCGGCGUUGCCACUACCGCCGGAGUUGUCGGAGGAAAGUCCACUCCCGGGGAACAAACUCCGUCGUUGCUGGAUCUGAGCUGGGAAGAGUUGAAGUACGAGGAUCUGAGUUGGGAAGGGACUGCUCAUCACCUCACUCUCCGAUCUGAACCUCCUCUUCCCUGAGCCCAGCGUCACCUCCACUUCUCCUUGCUGGUUUUAGCGUCGCUGUCGCUCUCCCUUUCCCGAUCUACCCAUCACAACUAGAUCCUCUGUUCAUACCCCACUCACCGCUGCUGGUUUCGGCCUCGCGAAGCCGCGGAUUCUCCAUCGUCUGGCUCACAAACCUUGCCACCUCCAUCACCAUCGCACUGUUCUGCUCGCCGCCAUCACCAUCAUCCUCUGGUUUUUUUAUCAUUCUCUAACUCUGUUGGCGGAUGAGGAGGCAGUGGUUUUUGGGUAGUGGUGGUGGUUGGGAGAGAGGGAGAGGUGUUGAGGUUGUUGUGGUUCUGAAUGUCUGAGUUUGGGGGUUGUCUUCAGUUCUAACGGCGGUGAAGUGGGCAUAUGGUGACAGUGAAGUCGCUGGAGGAGAAUGAUAGGUGGUGAGGAUGGGAAGGAGAAAAAAGGAAAAAUUUGAGAUAUGAAGGAUAGUUUGGUCUUCUCCUUCCAAAACUAAAUUGGUCCACCGUGGACCAAAAUCAAAAUAAACCCACCGUAGAGGCAGCCUUGAUUCACAGUCAAACAAGGGGUGAUGUCUCUUCUAAUCUCUGCCAACUAUGCAUCGACACUGCAAGGGGGAAACUGUCAACACAGUGCCCCUUGUCAAAAGAAGCUAAUAUUUGGUAUGAAGAGUGCAUGGUUAGGUAUUCCACCACCUCUUUGUUCUCCACUAUGGUAAAAGAUACUAGCUUUAAAAUGCAUAACAGCGGCAAUGUCUCAAACCCAGCAAGCUUCAAGCGUUUAUUGUUAGACACCAUCAACAAAACUGUAGAUUUAGCAGCCCUUCCACCUAUUGGUGACAAGAAGUUUGCCACAACGGAAGUACCCUUCACAGGACAUGAGACCCUUUAUAUUCUAGCUCAGUGCACACCAGAUUUGUCACCCCUUGAUUGCAGAACAUGUCUCAGUGCAAUGGUAGGGGCUCUUCCAAACUGUUGCGAAGGAAAGGUUGGAGGUAGAGUUGCAUCUCCUAGCUGUAAUAUCAGGUAUGAACUCUACCCUUUCUUCUACCACCCCAGUGUUUCAUCAUCAUCUGUGCUCGCCCUUUCACCGAACACCUCGCGUGCAGAUUCACCAGACCCGACUUACCUCUCCCACAACUGCUCAACCAACAAAAACUUCACUGCCAAUAGCACUUUCCAAACACACAUCACCACCCUUCUCUCUUACUUGUCUUCCAACUCCACCAACACCAAAUUUCAUAAAGCUGAUGUGGGUGGCACAGUUUAUGGCCUCUUCAUGUGCCAAUUUGACCUCCCCCCUCACCUCUGUCAAAAGUGUGUCUCUGACGCAAUUCAUCAAACACCUUCAGUGUGUGGCACAGCCCAAGAGGCUGUGAUAUGGUACACUCACUGCAUGUUUCGGUACUCAAAUGGGAAUUUCUUCUACAAAGUGGACACAAGUUCUGUGUAUUCAGAUUUGAAUAUUACCAGUAACAAUACCUCUAUCUACAAAAUGGAACAGAACAUGAUUGUUAGAAUAGCAAAGACAGUAGAUAAUGCAGCAAUACAAGCAGGGGACAGUGAUGAGAGACAUGGAACAGUGUCAUCCAAACUGAAUGAUGGGCUAACGUUGUAUGCUCUUGCUCAGUGUACACAUGAUUUGGCCAUCAAUGAUUGCAAGGGUUGUCUUGGAGUUGUGAUUGGAGAAGCAAUUCCAUGGACUUAUUUGGGAAGCAUAGGUGGAAGAGUUAUGUAUCCUAGCUGCAGUCUUAGGUUUGAGUUGUUCUUAUUUUACAAGGAGCCUAAUAAUUCUCUAUCCCCAAAUGGUGUGCCAUCCUCCGCCCGAGAAAAAAAUCAUGGUCAAUUGCGAACAAUUGUCUUGAUUGUUGUUGGCGUGAUUAUUAUUUUGAUGGCCGCCUCUUUUGUUGGCUACUGCAUGCUAAGGAGAAAAGCCAAAAAAAGUUAUACGACCAUUAUCAAAGAAAAUCUUUGUGAAGAAUUUGCCACUUUAGAGCCGUUGCACUUUGAUUUGGCUAUGAUUAAAGCAGCAACCAACAACUUUGCAAAUGAGAAUAAGAUUGGUAAAGGUGGAUUUGGAGAAGUUUACAAGGGCAUUUUUCUUGAUGGGCGACAAAUAGCUGUAAAGAGAUUGUCAAGUAGUUCUACACAAGGUGCUAACGAGUUCAAGAAUGAAAUUCUAUUGAUAGCUAAGCUUCAACACCGAAACUUAGUGGCCUUCAUUGGAUUUUGCCUUGAAGAAGAAGAGAAAAUACUUAUUUACGAAUAUGUGACAAAUAGGAGUCUUGACUACUUUUUAUUUGAUUCUCAGCAGCCAAAGCCUCUUAGUUGGGUUGAACGUUACAGUAUUAUAAAAGGGAUUGCUCAAGGAAUUACUUAUUUACAUGAACAUUCCCGACUCAAAGUUAUUCAUCGUGAUCUCAAACCAAGUAAUGUUCUAUUAGAUGAAAAUAUGAUUCCAAAAAUUUCAGAUUUUGGUUUAGCUAGAAUUGUUGAAAUAAACCAAGAUCAAGAAAGUACACAUAGAAUUGUUGGGACAUAUGGUUAUAUGUCUCCUGAGUAUGCUAUGCUUGGACAUUUUUCUGAGAAAUCGGAUGUUUUCAGUUUUGGAGUCAUGAUUUUAGAGAUUAUUACUGGAAAAAAGAAUCUAAGUUCUUAUGAAUUACAUCGUGUUAUGAACGGCCUUCUGAGCUAUGUUUGGAGACAAUGGAAGGAUCAAGCACCUUUAACUAUCUUGGACCCAACUAUCAAAGAAGCAUUUUUUGAAUUUGAAGUCAUUAAAUGCAUUCAUAUUGGUUUAUUGUGUGUGCAAGAAAACCCUGAUGCUAGACCGACAAUGACAACAAUUGUUUCAUAUCUUAGCAGUCAUUCUAUUGAAUUACCAACUCCACAAGAACCGGCAUUUUCCUCACGUAGAAUGUCUGCACAACUAACUGCUCAAGAAUUAAGUUCCUUUCAAUCGAUCAAGACUUCUACAAUAUUCUCUACCAAUGAAAUGCCUAUAAGUGAAUUUAUUCCUCGAUAGCAAGUUAGUAUUCCAAUAGUCUGUAAAUUUUAGUAUAUAACAAUAAAUAUUCAUUUAGGAGACUUCUGUAAAUUUAUGGUUAAAGCAAAUAAAUUCAAGUUUGCUACGAUAA